AACCUGACUCAGCUUUCCUGUUGGACCCGUUCAUGCAGCUCCUACCCAAGAACGUGAAAGGCAUCAUCAGCUGUACACUUGGACCUCGCCGUCGACCUUACUUUCGCGUCUAUGUCGGCCAGUAAUAAUGCACGCGCUGGGUCUAAGGAGACUUCCGAGUCGAGAGAGGUUGGGCAUAGUCAGGCCAAAAGUCAGCAGCGCGCGCGCCUCAAAGGUAUCGCAGAUUCCACACUACGGGCCAUCGACACAGGUUGUGUAUCCUUUGAAGGAGGGACACCUCUCGAUCUAGCUGCCAAGAUCAGGUUUUCUAAUCACAACACUUGCUAUUAUCCCCCUGACGCUCCUUCGUUGUCAUCCUGGGCGUCUGGGACGUCGUCAUCCAAGUCUGCUAACCAUGCGGUACCUGUUGAGAUCUCCAUCAUAGAGGCAUCGACGCUGGAGGGCGCACGCCUUCUGCAUGAUUCCUUGUCCUCGCAUUCUACGGCACAUGGGAGGAUUGCUCUACUCAAUUUCGCAUCGGCGACAAAGCCUGGAGGAGGGUUUCUUAAUGGUGCACAGGCUCAGGAAGAGUCGAUAGCGAGGUCGUCCACUCUGUACCCUUCCCUAAUGACCGAUGGUGCUCAGCAGUUCUAUAAACUGCACCACAACGAUCGGAAGGGUGGCUUCUAUUACAAUGCUAUGAUAUAUUCCCCCAGUAUCGUCAUCCUUCGAAACGAUACAGGAGACUGGGUAUCGCCUUUCGAAGUCGACGUACUUACAAGUGCCGCUGUCAAUGCAGGCGACGUGCGAAACAAGAACGCAAGGAGCACAAAUCCGGUUGACCCUCAGAGACGGGAGAAUCAGAUCGAAGCCGCUAUGAGAGAGCGAAUGGCAAGGAUCUUGUGUCUUUUCGAACAGCAGGGCGCGAAAAAUCUCGUCUUGGGAAGUUUUGGUACUGGUGUAUUUCGGAACGACGUAGAGUUCGUUGCCAAGGCUUGGGCGAAGUUAUUGACUGGGUCGCAGGCGCGUUUUGCGGGCUCCUUUGAUCGCAUUGUUUUUGCAAUUUUAGGGAAUAGCACUUACAGGACUUUUAAGCAGGUGUUUGAGAACGGUACUGGUGGAUAGGAUAUGCUUGACUGCUGUACCCGUUACGUAUCAAAGGACUUCACUAUAUCCAUUCCAAUUGGGCUGGAAGGUUUCACCACGUACAUUUUUGCCGUUGGCUGUCGACGUUUGUGAUCUGCCAAAGGAAAAGUCAUUGCUACGUAGUGCCAGCCAGCAGUUCCGCGACCAGCGACGGUGA